CAGUGCGUGUCAUCCCUGCCUCAAUAAUGCGCGCCAUCGCCUCGGCCUAAGUGCCUCCCUGCCCUGGCCCACACACAGCCGUCCGAUCAAUAUCCGACGUGCCAGACCGCCCCAUCCUCCUCCCAUCUCCCCUCGCCGCCGCCCACCCGCCGAAGCCGCCCCAUGUCUCCUCCCACUGCGUCCGCCUCCGCCUCCGCCACCGCCACCGCCGGUGGCUUCUUCCCCGAGCUGACCUCACCCGCGGAAUUCGCUGCUGUCGCUGCCCCCGGCGGCCGCGUCUCCGUCGUCGGCUUCGGCUCCCUCCUCUCAGAGCGGAGCGCGAGGAGCACGUUCCCGGUUCUGGAGGGCUUCCGGGUGGCGGCGCUGCGGGGAUUCCGGCGAGUCUUCGCUCACGUCGCACCCAUCUUCUUCGAGCGCGGCAUCGCCGUCGAGGCCACCAAGGUUGUUCCUGAAGGAUUGGAUGGAGUGCUUUUUACAAAUCCAGCAGUUGUCUGCACGCGCUACAGUGAUGAACAAUAUUUCCAAGAGAGAUGUCAAGGAAGCAAGGAAAUAUAUAACCAGCGCUAUGGACGGUACAACAUUGACAAAAUAUGGAGAGAUGAUAUUUUACCAUGUCGCUUAUAUCUUAGACAUUGUGUUCUUGCUGCUAAAAAUCUUGGAGAACCAGCAUAUGGCAACUUCUUAGACCACACCUAUCUUGGUGACCGGAAAACCACAAUAAGGGAGUACUUGGCCACUACCGGAGCUGGCAUCAUGGAAGAGGAGCCUCCUGAGUUGUUAAAAAGCCGUUAUGGUGGCUAGCUCGCCGACGACUCUCAUAGCCACCACAAGUUGAAUUUUCAAUCGCUUGCAACCUAUCAAAUCGUCUGUUGGUGGUGUGUUCCAGGAUGUGCUAAAUAAUCCCUGAUGCUUCAGUGCACUAAGUCUAAGAUUCCGAUCUCUGGUGUAUUCUAGGACGUGUGAAAUAGUGCCUGAUGCUUCAGCGCAGAAGAUCUUAAACUCGAUUGUUGGGGCAGACGACGCCAAAGAUGUGAUUUUGUGAGUUGUGACCCUAUUAUGUUGAUACAACAAUGUGACUUUUCGUUCA